AUUUAAAGAUUCCGCGGCGCGCGAGCUUGAGCUGGACAUCGGACCGGGAAGUUUUCUGCAGUGAAAACUAAAUAAAGGUUGAAGUAGUAUCGAAAUUGAUGUUGCCUUGCGCUAUUUUCGGUUAGAGCCACCAUCAUGGAUUCUAAACGCAAACCAGGGGGCUCUGCUCGAGGGCCUGGUCCCCAGUCAAAGAAGGCCCGGGUCCAGGACUUUGAAGACCAGGACCCAUCGGUAUUCGAGGAAGAGCUGGCCUUGAUGGAGCAGAUCGAGUCUGAGAUGGAUUCUCAGGGGACCAAUGGAUCUGUUGGAGGAGCAGGACCAUCAGUGAACAAUGGUGCCAAUUUGCAGAGACAACAGAGUACAUGUAGGCAUCCUAAAUGGCCCCGACCUCCGCUGGCUCCGAUCGACCCCGCAAAAGAUUCAAUCGUGUUCCAACAAAUUGAUCUCGAGCAUUAUAUUGGCUCGCACAUUCAGGGCAUGCCCGGUGCGACGUCGGGGCCCACCCCGAUCAUCCGGAUGUUCGGUGUCACCGACGCAGGCAACAGUGUCAUGUGCCACGUCCACGGGUUCACGCCCUACUUCUACAUCCCCGCCCCGCAGAAUUUCACGCCCGAACACUGCUCAAAGUUCAGGGUUGGUCUGAACGACGCGGUCUUGGCCGAUAUGAGGUCUAACAAGGACAACCUGACGCAAGCUGUCUUAGCAGUUGAUGUCAUGCAAAAAGAAAAUGUGUACGGUUACCAUGGAAACAAGAUGAUGCCUUUCUUGAAGAUCACAGUUGCCUACCCGAAGCUGAUAGCUCCCGCCAGGAGGAUCCUGGAAGCGGGACUAUCGAUCCCGCCUUACCCGCACAGGGGUUACCAGACUUAUGAGAGCAACAUUGACUUUGAAAUCAGAUUUAUGGUUGAUGCCGAUGUUGUCGGUUGCAAUUGGAUCGAAGUGCCAGCUGGAAGCUAUCGUGUGCGAUCAUCCUCCGGUCACGUACCUGUUUCGGCGUCGCAGAUCGAGAUCGAUGUUGCGUGGGACCGCUUCAUCAGCCAUCCCGCCGACGGCCAGUGGCAAAAGGUGGCGCCAUUCAGGAUAAUGAGUUUUGAUAUUGAAUGUGCGGGGAGGAAAGGAAUCUUCCCAGAAGCGGAGAAAGACCCCAUUAUCCAGAUUGCCAACAUGGUGAUCCGGCAGGGAGAGAGGGAUCCCUUUAUCAGAAACAUCUUUACCCUCGAUACCUGCGCCCCUAUCGUUGGCUCCCAGGUGAUGUCGUUCAAGACGGAACACGAGAUGCUACAGGCAUGGGCUGACUUCGUUAAAGAAGUAGACCCCGAUAUCUUGACGGGGUACAACAUCCAGAACUUUGACAUCCCCUAUCUCAUCAACCGUGCAGCGGCCCUCAAGCUUGCACGCUUCCCGUUCCUCGGACGCCUCAAGAACACAAAGAGCGUGAUCCGAGACGUCUCCUUCCAGUCCAAGCAGCUCGGCAAGAGGGAGAACAAGGUCGUCAACAUGGAAGGUCGUGUGCAGUUCGAUCUUCUGCAGGUACUUGUGAGGGACUAUAAACUCAGAUCCUAUCGUCUAAAUGCCGUCAGUUACCACUUCCUGCAAGAGCAGAAGGAGGACGUACAACAUUCCAUCAUCACAGAUCUUCAAAAUGGCAAUGAGCAAACCAGAAGACGGUUGGCCGUCUACUGUCUGAAAGACGCCAUGCUCCCGCUGCGUCUCCUCGACAAACUCAUGUCGGUCAUCAACUACAUGGAGAUGGCCAGAGUGACGGGCGUGCCUCUCACCUACCUGCUCUCUAGAGGGCAGCAGAUAAAGGUUGUCUCGCAGCUUCUCCGAAAGGCCAAGGAACAAGACCUUGUGAUGCCUGCGCACAAAGUAGUUACAGGAGAGGAUUACGUCGGUGGUUACGUCCUGGAUCCAAUCAGAGGGUACUAUGACUGUCCGAUAGCAACACUGGAUUUCUCCUCGCUAUACCCAUCCAUUAUGCAGGCACACAAUCUCUGCUAUACAACUCUCUUAUCACCCUCAAUGAAAGAAAAUCUUGCACCUGAUCAGUACAUCAAGACGCCAACAGGGAACUACUUCGUCAAGAAGGCGGUCAGACGAGGGAUUCUCCCGGAAAUCCUUGAAGACCUUCUUACAGCAAGGAAGAGAGCAAAGGCUGAUUUGAAGAAGGAAACGGACCCGCUGCGAAAGAAGGUGCUGGACGGCCGACAGCUCGCCCUGAAGGUCAGCGCGAACUCUGUCUACGGAUUCACCGGAGCUCAGGUCGGGAAGCUGCCGUGCCUGGAGAUCUCCCAGAGUGUGACGGCGUUUGGUAGGAUGAUGAUCGACAAGACGAGACAGCUGGUGGAAACUAAGUACACAAUUGAGAAUGGGUACAAGACCACUGCAAAGGUUAUCUAUGGAGAUACUGACUCGGUAAUGGUGAAGUUUGGUGUUAAUACGGUCGCUGAGAGUAUGGAGCUUGGUAAAGAGGCUGCAUUGUGGAUCUCAGACGAGUUUCCCUCACCCAUCAAAUUGGAAUUUGAAAAGGUCUACUUUCCGUACCUGUUGAUCAACAAGAAGCGAUACGCAGGUCUCUACUUCACAAGACCCGACACCUACGACAAGAUGGACUGCAAGGGAAUCGAGACCGUCCGUAGGGACAGCUGCCCUCUAGUGUCCAACGUCUUAAACAACGUCCUUCAAAAGAUCCUCAUUGAAAGGGACCCUACAGGAGCCUUGGACCACACGAAGCAGACCAUCUCGGAUCUCCUCUGUAACCGUAUCGACAUCUCACAGCUUGUGAUAACCAAAGAACUCACCAAGACGGGAGAAGAGUAUGCAGGCAAGCAGGCUCACGUGGAGCUGGCGGCAAGGAUGAAGAAAAGAGACCCGGGAAGUGCACCAGCUCUUGGUGACCGCGUUCCGUACGUCAUCAUCGCCAAGGGUAAAGGGGCCGCAGCAUAUGAGAAAUCAGAGGAUCCAAUUUAUGUAUUAGAGAAUAACAUUCCAAUUGACACCACAUAUUACCUGGAGAACCAGCUGAAAGGACCUCUUCUUAGGAUCUUUGAGCCAGUCAUCGGGGAGAAUAAAGUAGAAUCAGUACUAUUGAAGGGGGAGCACACCCGGGCGAAGACCCAGGUCACGUCAAAGAUCGGCGGUCUCAUGGCCUUCGCUAAGAAGAGAAGCAAGUGCCUCGGAUGCAAGAUGGGUCUGGACCAAGAUGGCAUCGCGCUGUGCAAGUUCUGCAAGGCCAAAGAGUCAUCCAUCUACCAGAAGGAGAUCAGUCAAUUGGCAGCCUUGGAGGAGAAGUUUGGACGUCUAUGGACACAAUGUCAGCGCUGCCAGGGGAGUCUGCAUGAAGAUAUCUUGUGUACGAGUCGUGACUGUCCGAUCUUCUACAUGCGCAAGAAGGUCCAGAAGGACCUUGCCGACCAGGACGCUCUCAUCAAGAGAUUCGGCAACCCGUGCUGGUGAUCGACGACCACCACCAGCCAUGGAAGUCUACCGGCAGUGACCAUAAGCAUGAGUGACCAGCAUUGUUGACUAGUCUGCAUGCGCAGACUCAUAUUUGAAAGUUGACACUUAAACCAAAACCAGGUCUAGAGUGAAGACUAGACAUAAAACUCUAGUCUGUGUCAGAAUGCCACUGUACAUAGUGGCCCGUAUUCUGAAGUCAGGU